CGCGGCCGCGCGUGCGCGGUGCGGGCCGGGCGCUGAGGGCGCUCAAGGAGAGCCGCCAUGCCCGGGGUGCUGCGGGUGCCGCCGCUCGAGGAGCUCGACGUGCAGGAGGUGGCGGUGAGCUCGGCCGUGCUGAAGGCCGCGGCGCACCACUACGGCUCGCAGUGCGACCGGCCCAACAAGGAGUUCAUGCUGUGCCGCUGGGAGGAGAAGGACCCGCGCAAGUGCCUGAGGGAGGGCCGGCAGGUGAACCAGUGCGCCAUCGACUUCUUCAGGAGCAUCCGGACGCACUGCGCCGAGCCCUUCACCGCCUACUGGACGUGCAUCGACUACACCAACCAGCAGGAGCUGCGCCGCUGCCGCAAGCAGCAGGCGGCCUUCGACUCCUGCGUGCUGGACAAGCUGGGCUGGGUGAGGCCCGACCUGGGAGACCUCUCCAAGGUGACGAAGGUGAAGACAGACCGUCCUCUGCCUGAGAAUGCCUAUCACUCUAGACCCAGACCAGAGCCAAACCCACCCACGGAAGGGGAGCUGAAGCCCUCUCCCCUUGGCAGCAGGCUCUUUUUCUGGUCCUGGUGAAGUGGGCAGGCUGUGCCGUGACUCAAGUGCAGAGAUGUGGCACUUGCACAUGUAAAUUGUGUGGUGUGUGCUGGGUAUCACUAAUAAUUAAAGAGCCCAAAACUAUUA